CCACAUUUACCAUUGAUUUCAUGAUCAAAAUGUUGAGAAUUAAAUGAGAUUAAAUAUGACACAAAUAUGGCUCGCUGCUAAAGGGAAAUUAUCGACGAACAGUGUCCGUAGGCGUCGUCACCUCACCACUGAUGACACUUGCCAACUUUGCAAUGAAGCUUUGGAGACAAAUCUGCACUGCCUGAGAGAUUGCACUGCCUCGCGGAAGAUUUGGGAAAAGUCUCUGCCUGUCCAGGCGCACCAGAACUUCGAAGCAGACCCGGAUAGUUGGUUUGACAUGAACCUGGAAAAGAAACUUGGGGCGGAUGUUCAGGAGGAUUGGCCAAGCCUCUUUGCAUUAAUUUGUUGGUAUGUUUGGAAAUAUAGAAAUGAAUUUAUUUUUCAGGGAAAAAAGAUGGCCGAGUCAUCCAUAGUCAACUAUGUCACGUCUAAGGCUGCCGAUUGGUUGAAGACGUGGGAUAGUGCCUCUUCAAGCUUAAGUGUAGUUGAAAGACCUCCGAGGACGGACCAGCUGAUCGGUUGGAAGGCGCCGCCGAGUGGGUGGAGGAAAAUGAACACUGAUGGCGCGGCGCAAGGUAAUCAAGGGUUAGCUACUGCUGGCGGGUUGCUCCGAGACAGUAAUGGGGAUUGGGUUUGUGGUUUCUGUUGCAAGAUUGGAACUGGGACAGCUAUCCUAGCGGAACUGUGGGGCAUUCAUCAGGGGCUUCUCAUGGCCUGGAACAACGGUACGCAAUUUCUGAUCUUGGAAACAGAUUCGCAGCUCGCUAUCGAGCUUAUCAAAGCGAGGGAAGACCCUGUUCACCCUCACUCCACACUGUUGGCUGGUAUCUGACGUUUGUUGUCACAGAACUGGGUGGUCAGGCUGGUUCACACGUAUAGAGAAGGGAAUAGAGCCGCGGACUGGCUCUCGAAGCACAGUCUCGUCUAUCCCUUCGGUACGAGUGAAGUAGCAAGUCCACCUAGGGAGCUUGAAAGAAUCUUGAUUGAUGACAUUGUGGGGGUUAGUUUUCCCUGAAGAAUUCUGUUGAACAGAGAGUAGUUUGGCGGGCUGGUAAUGAUCUUCUUUCGGCUUUCGGCUUUCGCCUUUGACUUCUGGUGUAAUUUCUUUGCUGCAGUUGGCCACCUGCUCUUGUGCAGUAGUGCGUCCGUUCUGCACUGCCUUCGCUUGUAACUUUGGCUAAUGCCUCCCCUUUUCAAAAAAAAAAAAAAAAAACUAAUAAUUGGCCAACUCUCCAAUGCCUACUUAUAUAAUCAACAUAUAUGAUCUACAAAUGUUCUUUUGUGGUACUUGUGAAAAGCCUGUCAAUUGAUUAUUAUAUAUAUACCAUAAUUAGUGCUUAAAUUGAACUUAGACUAUAACUAUACACAAGCAGCAAGCUGUCCCAAGCUCAUAAAGCCCCAACCUUUUUCAUGCUCAAAGAUUAUGUCAUAAAUUGAAAAAUACAUAUUAUAAAAUUAAUAAUUUCUCUGACAAAGUAUCCUAAGAAUAUCUUUAUAUGACUGAAGGUUCCUUCUAUAAGGAUACCUAUUUUGAAAUCAAUAAUGUAGGUAUAUAUGCACCCCCAAUAUAUUAGCAUAUAUCAAAGGAAUUUGGAAGAGUUCAAACUUAAUGAAGAGGAUAGUGCUCCCUGAUUUCAUAUUUUUGCAUAACGAGGAAUUGACAUGAAGUGAGCGAUAAAUCGCAAGCCAGUGAAUUGAUCGACAAAUGAUCAUAUCAUGUGAAGACCCUACCUCUAAAAGAUCAUAUGAAAGUUCAAUGAUCAUAUAGUAAUGUCAAAUAAUGAGCAAAGAAAUUUGUUGUAUCAUAAUGCUCACAGCAUUUUCCUUCAUAAGAUUAGAUCACAAAAUCAUACAAACCAUGCCCCAUAAGUCAUAAUGCAUCAUCAAAAUAUGAGUCGACUGUAUUGUAAUGCAUGUGGUGCAACUAUUGAAUGUAGGUGUUGUAACGGUUUGAGAAAUUGAUAAUGCAAAAAAUUAAAGAACACACAGAUUUAUGUGAUCCACCAACACGAUAUGUAUAUUAGCUAAUCGUCGAAAUGUUGUUUGAUUUGAGAUAACUCUAGAGAUAGCAACAAAGAAAAAAAAAAGCUAGAACUUGGCACAUAAGUGAAUCAAAUUGACUAAAAAAU